AUUCAAAGAUUCCUUAUUAAAUACAUGGCCACUAACAGUUGAAACUUCUUCUCCCUCUCUCGAUUUGAUCCAAACCCCUCUGGCCAUUCUUCUGCUUCCUUUGAUUUGUUGUUGUAAACUAGGUCAGUAGAAGUAUGUCAGAGAUGGAGGAUGUCAAAGACCAAAUAGAUGGAGCAGAAAAGCCAAUGCCAUCAACCAAACAGGAAGAGGAAGUUGUUAAAAAGAAAUACGGAGGAAUUAUGCCAAAGAAACCACCUCUUAUCUCUAAGGAUCAUGAACGUGCUUAUUUUGAUUCUGCUGAUUGGGCUCUUGGAAAGCAAGGUGUAGCGAAGCCUAAAGGUCCACUCGAGGCACUUCGGCCAAAGUUGCAGCCGACGAAUCAACAAACUCGAUACCGCAAGUCGCCUUAUGCUCCAUCUGAGGGUGAAGAUGGAAGCAAUGCGCCACCAGAGGAUGCAACUGCAAAUGAAUGAAAGCGGAUAAUGGCCCUUCGAGCUUGUGAUAUUGUUCAUUGUUAUUACAUGUAUGAGCAAUUUCUCUUCAGUAUUAAGAAAGCAAAAUCAAAGAGUGAGGUGUUUUCCUGUUUAUUUGAGGCAACCAAAUCAGUAGCUGUGGUGUUGUAACUUUGGAGUUAUACUUUCUGUGAUCCUCCAUUUAUAUAUGACUUUACAGUUACUGUGUAAUGGUACGGAGGUUUGGCUUUGGUAGCAAGAACUGCCUAAUAAAAAUUGUUAUGUCUUUGAUGUUA